GGUGGGGCGAUAGGGAGGAGCUUAGGCGAAGGGGAAAGGAGUAUUCGGUGUGGGGGGCGUGUGUGAGGAAAGGGGAGAGAGAGUGAGUGUGGACGGCGGGCCCGGGAGCACAGGCCAGGCCAGACCCAACACGCCUCAGCACCCACUCCCCCGGCCCCCCCACACUCUGCACCGCGGAGGGGCAUGACAGCCGCCCUGGGGAGCCCGAACUGCCGCCAUCUUCGGGUUACAAGGGAACUGCACUCUCCUACCUCCAGCCGUGCUUCCCGUUAAAUAAUUGUUUUUCGUCCAACUGAAGCUGAGUGGAACUGCAGAUGGAGCAAGUUGACAGCGUUAUUAUAAUAAGUGACACCGAAGGAGACAAUGAAGAAGAAACUUCAGUCUUCAUUGUAGAAGACUCUCCAGGUCAGACCUAUUUAUUUGUAGCAGAAGCUUUGGACAUAUCCAAGGAUAAAAGCACUGAAGUAAUUGAUGAAGAAUGUGGGCUUGCCAUUACCUACAGCAAAAAGGGCAAUGUAAUGCCACACGCACGAUAUGACUGUGUAGAACAAGACUUUACGCGAACAGAAAAUGAGGUAUCUGGGCCUACUGGUAGCAAUUUAAAUUUCUGUGACCAGUGCUAUUGUUAUAUCUGUGACAAACCUGCUUCUGAGUGCCAAUACUGGAAUCUUCCUUCAUUUUGUCAUUGCAACGCUCACAAUAAAAGUAAAUAUUGGAAAGCACACCGGGAUGUCGCACUAACUGGUGCACUCUCAAUAUUCAACUUCGAUCUAGUUGACAUUGAUUCAGAACUUCGACAUGGAGGUGCUUUAUUGCAGACAUUUUGUUUAGAGCUUGCGUUGGAAUAUAAUAAUUAUAUGAUGGGAAUAAUAACAUCUCGGAGCUCCUUGAUCCCGUGCAUUUGUUCCUGUCACAAUCAGUUUAAAAUAUUUUGUGAAAUGUGCCAGAUGAACCAUGUGGAGAUCCAACUCUACAGUUACACACCAGUGUUUAAUGUGGUGAACAAGUUUCUACAUCAGACAGAGAAGGAGAAGCCAAAAACAGCUGCCAUCAUGAUGAUCGGAGUGGCAAAAGAAAUUCUUCUUCACAAACAACCUCCACAGGAAGUUUUCAAUAAAAAUGAUCAGACCUCAACUCCUAGCCAGGCGGUGCCAAUAUUUAUGCACAGAAUCACCAGUGCGUUGCAAAGAAUGCUUGUAUUGAAUGACUUCCCUCCUUAUCUGUUUAACAAGUUGAAAACCUUCUAUAAAUCCCUUGUACUUCCUUCACAUUGCUUUAUCUUUACAAAUAGUCUUAAUGUACUAUCAUGGGAGGAUCCAUUCCUGACUUCUAUUCUCAGGGGUCAAAAUAUCACUGGGCAACGACAAAAGAAAGGCAGAAAAGAGACGUUUUGGGAGGACUUCCCUGUUGUGCACGCACGGGUGGAAAGGAUGGAAGCAAGAGAAGAGUACAGAGAGUUGGUUCGAUACCUACGAGUGAUAAAAUGCAAUGAUACAUUAAAGUUACGAGCUCUGCGGGACAAAGUUCCCUUCUACUUCUGCAAGUAUGGAGAUUUUAAUUCGGCUGCGCAGUCAUUUCAUCUAAGUACCAGCCUUACGUGCUGCAUUGCGUGCCGUUUAACACCUUACCAGUACAUGGUGUACUUAAAAAUUCUCAGGACCGGAACUGCACCUGCUACUUGUGAACUUUCAGACAGUGGGCAAUGGGUGCAUGUGGAAGGUGGUAAAUUGUUGAAGAGCUGUAUACUGUUAAAAUGUUCACUCAGGAUCUUAUUUGUCAAUGCCGUUCUCUACAGAGAUGUUCACUGCUGGAGCCGACUGAUUCAAAUUCACUGCAAUUAUUUUUCAAUGGAAGCUGAUGUACUACAAGUGCCCCCAGCUGGAUUUGUGAAAAACACUGCUAUCCUUGCUGCAUCAGUUCUUGAAGAUCUGAGAAGUGGAAUAGUCGGCUUGCCUAAACCAUUUUCCUCAGUGCUUCAUCGGGAGGCUACGUUGAUUCUGGUGACAAUGGCUGCUGCUCAGAUGUUGCAUAAGAAGAUCUCCAUGAUGAAAUUAGUUCUGCCAUUAAUUGUAGCUUAUGGGAAGAAUUUCUGGGCUCUGAAGCUCCUAUUUGACAGCCUGAGCACGAAAGAGGAAAUCCUGCACAAUUUCUGCGCCAUUCUGAGCAACAACAUUUAUAUACAUAGAAGCAUGAUGAUUGAUGUGGUUAAGUGUCACGAUGCCAACUAUGUCUCUGACCUUGUGACUCUCUUUCUGUCUUUUGAACAAACUACCGUUCAAUCCUUGAGCAUUCCUGUUCUCAACGUUCUUGUGGAGGAGUGGCAUGAAUUCAAAACUAAGGAACAUCUAUGGAUACAAUCUCUUCAUAAUUUCCUACAGACUAAGGUUGUUCCAGCCAUGGAAAUGGUCAACACUGCACAGUUUACUGAAUUACGGAAUAAACUAAAUCGGAUACUUUAAAGCCAAGGUUGAUACAUCCUAGAAACCAUCCACAAGCCAUGAACGGUGGAUUGCCAUGGCAAUGGACCUUGUUACACUAUGACUGCGAAGGUUGCUCCCGAAACGUAUUGCAAUGACUUUAAAAUUUAAUCCGUAUUUUCAUACAAACCAAGGAAACGAGGCACAAAUAGAAAGCCUGCAGCUUUGAAAAAUUUUGUUACCUUUUGAUAUUUUUCCAGGUUUAUAAAAUAGUCGGUGAAGAUAUUUGCGUUUUAUUACGAAACUGUUUAAAAUAUUGGCUCCGAGGAUUUCUAUAAGUAAAGCUAAUUUAUCCUGAUUUUGUUGUUACCAUUUUUAAUGAUAUUGUGCUCCAAUUGUCAGGGAUAUUUGGGGAGGGAGUGGAGGGAAAUAAAUCGAGCAAGAAGUGGUUGUGGAGAAGGGAUGGCGGGAGGGAGCAGAGUAGCCUUAUAAAUAUUUAUUUAUUUUCACUUUCUUAGUGAAUGUUCACGAAAGGUAUAGUGCGAGCAUACUUGUUUUUCGGUAUUGACUCGUGCUCCUUAAACAAAGAAUAAAGCAAAAUGCCAUUCUUAAAAUGGAAAUACCUGGGAGGUUAACAAAGGCCACCUUUCCGCCUUGAGUUAUUUUGAUGGUUCUUGUUUAUCAUUAUUGUAGACAGUGGUCGGACAGAAACAUAGACAGUUUAAGAAGGGGUUAAAUUGCUCACAAAGUCUUUGUCAAGAAAAGAAAAGUGGGAGAUAAUGUAGGCCCUCAACUUUUUACCAGGGAUGGCCUGAUGAAGAAAAAUCAAACGCCUCAAUCUCUGCCUAAGGUUCAAUAAUUCAAAAUCAACAUGCAAGUGUCAUCCAGCGAAUGACCAAUAAUUCUACAUGGAAAAGUGGAAGUGCCCAACAGAAUUCAUCUUCCCCCCCCCCUCCCAUUUUAAAUAACAUUUAACAAACUCCUUCGACCAAAAAGAUUGUUAAAUGUUCCUGGUUUAUACAGCCCUGUGUUUGAAAGAGUGAGUCAAAAUUUGUUCCCAAUGUGGUAAUUU